AAAAUGAUGCCUGGGAGACAAAGUGCUGAUGAAGGCGGCAGAAAUACAUUCACUCACAUCUGCUAUUUACUAUCAUGCUACUUUGUACUUGUUGCAAAAAAAUCUUUGCUAAAUACUUACAAGUGACAAGUUAGAUUAAUUCAGUUAUCCGUUCCUCUUAUCAUUAUUAUCCAGAAGGAGGAGGAAUUUGAGUAGGAAGUCCGAUGUCUCUAUCUUAUUCUAACAAUGAAGUCGGCGUCUCCCAAUCUAGGCCUGCUAUUCUAAUUCCAAAUGUGAUUUCUUCCCUGUGCAAAUUCCUGUCGGUUAAGGACAUUAAGGAAUGUCGAUUAGUGAGCCAGGUCUGGAAUCAGAGUGCCACCCCCGUUCUCAAGGCCAGGACACGGAUGGAUAUUGAACUAUGCCAAGACAACGGAUGGGGUGGAAUCAUCGAAAAAUUGAAAUUCUCUCCGGUCCAUGUCUCUCUGGAGGUUAAAGAUGAAUCAAUCCCUUCCCCGGAUCCUGAAGUCCCCUUUCCGCUCAUGGAAAAUCUAAAAUCUCUUUGGCUCAACUGUGAAGGAGGGAACCAACCAGGGAAGGACUUUUGUCACAAAAUCAUCCUCACGUCAGCCCCCAUCCUGCAGGAAUUAGAGUUGGAAUGCUCCAAUGAUCCGGAUGUCCCUGCAUUACAGCCGGGCACGCUUUUCCCAAAGCUGAAGGACCUCGGGAUCUCUUACUGGUGGGAGUUGGAGGAUGACGCGGCAGAAAAAGUUGCGCAAAUUAUUACCGCCUGCCCAGCAUUGGAAUGUCUGCGGACAUACUACAGCUAUUUGGAUGGAUUUGGGAGGAUGAAGUUGUUACAAAAGUUACCUCCAUCAUUUUCUUCCCUGACCUUGGACGGAGAUCUGAACGCGGAUGGGCUCGAGGUUCUGCUCAAAAUUCCUUCCCCGUUGAAAAAACUUACCUUUGAGAUUCAGUAUGAUGCCGAGCUUCAAAAAGGAGACUACCUCCAAGAAAACCUGUACAAACUGCUGCACAAACAUUCCCCCACGCUGGAAAAACUUUCAAUCAGUUUCCCUUCGGCCUUUGAUAAGAUAAUGGAAUGGAAAUUCCCGGUAUUUUCGGCAAUGAAAGUCUUCCAGAUACAGAUGGGAAUGAAUAACAAGAUUUCAUUUCAAAGUCGCCGUGGAAAAUUUGGCUGGAUUGAUUACCAUAAGAGUUUUCCGGUCUUGGAAAGCUUGCACGUGUGCUCGGAUUCAGUUUUUCCCGGUUUUUCCAGUGUGGAUCAGUUUCUUCCAAAAGGUUCCGGAGGGUCGGAGUCCGUGAAAAGAGUGGAGAUGGUUGUUUCCUACGAUGCGAAAAGGGAGGCUAACAUGGCAGCUAGGACUGAUUUAUAUGAUCGGUUGGUGAAAACGUUUCCCAACGGGAGAGAUUCGAUCACAAUUACUCCAUUUGAUAAUAGAAAUUUUAUGUGGCGUGAAUGAAUACUAGAGAGUUAGUUUAUUGGUAUGUACGUAUGUGCAUAUGUAACCUGUGUCAUGUAUAAUUCAAUAAAAUAGGCUGGGAAUAAAUUGAUGAUUAUGCAAUGUA